AUGAAAGAAGGGUCUCAGAGAUACAGUGUGUGAACUUAAUGUGUUUAAAGAAAGUUUAAACUACUGUGGUUUGUCUUAAAAGUAGCUGUAAUUGGUCAUUUUUAGUAAUUUGUCUGACUUAGCUUAGUGUUCAUAACAUUUAAAAAGGGGAGAUUUACUACAGAGAGGGUGGCAAGCAAAUAUGGCAUUCAUGUUAAAAGCGAUGAUGGGAUCAUCAAUGAAGAAUUUAGGGAAUAAUCUUGGGGGCGAAGCAGAGGUGAAGGAAAAUCCAGAUGGAAAGGAGACAGCAGAGUCCAAGGGAAUGACACGGGAAGAGUUUGAGGAGUAUCAGAGACAACUAGUGGAAGAGAAAAUAGAACGGGAUCAUGCCUUUGCACAUAAGAAAGCAGAGCGAGCAGCUGUCAGAAUGCACAUGAGGGACAAAUACAGACUUCCACAGAGUGAAAAGGAUGAUGCCCAGUUGCAGAUGGUGGGAGGAGAAGUGGAACUUCCUGAGGAUCUGGCCAAAAUGGUGCAAGAAGAUGAGGAGGAGGAGGAAGAGGGCUCCUUUCUGUCCAUGUUGCCAGAAUUUGAUAUUGAUGCCUUUAAGGUACGAGCUCAAGGCACAUAUACUGAGGCCAGAAGAGUGGCGGAGGAAAAGUGUGCGCUUAUGUGACAGCUGAUACAGUCUUGCAUUUAGAAGCUAAGAAGAAGGAAAUAGAACAUGAAAGGUGGAAAGACACCAGCCAAUGUGACUCCUUUAUAUGAAACUCGGUUUGGCCGGAGCCGCACGAGUUAAUACUUAGGAUUGUCAAAACAAGCCAUGGAGUAUGGAUUCUGCUUUUUAUUAGAUCUAAGGAGCAACAGCUAAUACACACCACAUGAGGGCUCACAUGAACUUCCAAACACUCUAGUACUGUCAGAUAGGAGUGUACUACUGCACAGUCUAGCACACAGACAUUAAAACAUAUACAGAUCUCUUGAGAAACUAUAAGUGCAUUUGAUACUUUCAUAUUCACUAAUAUUUAGCUCAGAACUUAAAUUCAUAAAGAUUUUAUUACUACACGAUUCAAUGUUUUUACUGUUUCAGUUUAGUGCAAUGAGCACAUUUUUGUUCUUCAAAACAACUGAACAACAGAAUAAUUAUUCUUCUGUAAAAGUUAUUUUUAUGUAAGAGCUGUGAAAUGGUAUUUAAAAGAGCAGCAUUUCAGUGUCGUUUAGGGGAAGAAAAUUUUGUCUGUAUUCCUUCUUAAAAAUAGGUAACUUGAGACUGAAAUGUUAUUUUUAUGAACUUGCAUAAAUUAACCAAAGCAAAUUUCUCAUUAGCCUUAUUCUUUAUUAUCAGCUUCCUUCUGAAUUCCAAUUAUUCUUUAUCAGCUUCCUUCUGAAUUCCGAAUUUUAACAGGCAUUGUUUUUUAAGAGGUGUUGGACAUAUACACACUUUAGAUUUUACACACAGUUAAAACUUAUUUUAAAGCUAUUCCCUUUGAUUAAAACAUGGCUCCUUAAUCCUUAGAAUAAUGCUUCAUUGUAAAGGUAUUAUGUUUAAAACAUCUGAGUUUUCUAUGCAUCUGUCUAUGCAGAGGACCUCUAUAUAUGGAGAGGAACUCUUGUCUUUAAAGGAAAAGUAACACAAA